AUGGACACCCCCGGGCGCGCCGCCUUCCUGUGCUCCAGCACCGCCGCCUUCCACCCUCCCGACUGGGCGUGCAUGCCCGUCGAGGCCAACUCGCAUGCGCGGCUGGAGGCGUUUCGCGACAACCGCCACUGCGCCACGUACAUGGUGGCCACGCAGCGCGUGAAUCUCUUCGGACGCGACCAGGAGAGCUGCGACCAUGUACUGGGCAACCCCUCGGUCUCCCGGAAGCACGCGGCGGUGAUCCACGACAACGAGGGCGGCAUCUACAUCACCGACCUAAUGUCGCGGCAUGGAACGUACGUGAACCGCAAGAAGAUCCCUCCGCACGACCCCUAUCUGCUGCAUGACGGCGACGUCAUUAAGUUUGGGCAGAGUGUUCGCGUGUACAUUCUCAAGGGCGCCAGCUCCAAGGGCAACAGCGCGCCAGUAAAAAAGUCGUGGGGACGCAAGCUGCGUGUUCCGCACGUGAGCAUCAGCGCCGUUGUCCCGAAGCGAAGCCCCAGCAAGCCGAAGGCCUCGUCAGCGGUGACUAAACUGGUGAAUGCGGUUUGUUACGGCACUUUGAAGGACGAGAAAGUGGCGACGUUUAUCACGGGCGUGCUGGAGCUUGGCGACGAGGACAGACAGGGCGUUGCUGACACGCUCGUAGAGAGGCUUCAAGCGAGAUACGAGUUCUACGCUACACAUUAUGAUGAACGUGACGGCGAAUAUGACUCGAGAUCUAUGGAUAAUGGAUAUGCUCCCCCAAUUAGCUUGGCGAUGGGCAAUGGACCGAAGCAGCCUCCUGUUGUCAGUACAAAGGAGUCGGGCUUCAACUUUAUCGGACAAGCAGCGCCGGAGGCAAUGAAGCCCAAUGGGUCCGCCUUCGGGUUUAUUGGCGGCUCUGAUCCAGUGGACGAUUCUUCUUCUCACACUAGCUCAACGGAUCGACCUUCUGGACAGUCUGGCGUGGGCUCUGCGUCGAGGAAUCCUUCCGUGUCUGCUGAAGAUUUCUUGCUUGAACAUCCGUCUGUCGAUGCCAGCGAGUUCGAGUACAUGUGGGAAUCGGCGAACGACGAAUCCGAGGAGUGGUCAGUAGACCUCGGCUCAGUAGAUGCGCAUGAGCUGGACCCCCGUGUUCUCCCGGUGUUCUUGGAAUCAUACCGUUUGUUGUGUGCGUCCAGCAAGAAGGUUGCUGGACAGCAGCAGUGGCUAUUUGUUGCUGAGCAGAAGACUGAAGGGAACCUCUUCUUGGUGGACAUCUCGGUCAUGCCGGGUUUGACGGACAUGUCGGUGACGCUGAAGUGGAUUGUCAACUCGCUGCUGUACCGAAAUGGGCACGUCAUUUUUAUGGAUAUCCUCAAGUAUGCACUUCAGCAGUUUGCCGAGCAAGCUUACGAGCUUGCGUCGACAUUGCCCCUGCCAGCACAGCCGCACUACCAGAACAAUGUGCAGCAGCAGCAACAGAAUGGACGAGAGCCUGAGCCUGUUAAGGCCAACUCUGCGAUGUACCCCGUAUCGCACUCGGUGUCCCGAACAGCAUCACACGCAACUUCUCUUGACGACGAAGAUGAUGUCGACGACGAUGCUGAUGAGGACACAAUGUCUGCGCGCGACUACCUGGCGGAGAGUCCUGCGAUUGAUGCUGGUAAAUUCGAGCAGGUCUGGGCAACGGCGACGGAAAUUGCGUCGCUAACCUACACGCUCAACGAGGUGCCAGAGGUAGAUGAAGUUAUUGAGUUCUUCCAAAGUAACUGCCUCAGUUGUCUGGCAAGUGGAAGCGUGGAAAAGGUGGUCAAGUUCUACUUCUUCGCAGAAAUGACGGAGCUUCAGUGCGUGUUUUGUGUGGAAAUGGCGAUCAGUGUGGACACGGGCGCCUUGGAAGGAACUGUAAAGCGGUUAACCGUCCAGAAGCGCAGCGAGGAGGAGGAGGAGCAGAUCGACUCAAGUUUUGUAAGUUUCAUUGAAGACGUCCUCCAAGAGCUUUAG